UAUCAACGCAAACCCUUGUUUCUCUCCCAUUAUUCCUUUCUCACAAUGACACCAUGACUGUAAUGGUGUCGUUUCAGCAACCCCCUCCUCAAUCCCAACCCCAAACCCAGCCGCCACCACAACCAGACCCACCACCGCAGCAGCAGCCACCUCAGCCGCAGAGGGCGGUCAGGAAGCUCGUCGUGGAGGUCGUCGACGCACGUAACCUCUUACCCAAAGAUGGCCAGGGGAGCUCCAGCGCUUACGUGGUCGCCGACUUCGACGGGCAGCGCAAGCGUACGGCGACCAAGUGCAAGGACCUCAACCCCGUCUGGAACGAGCCGCUCGAGUUCGUCGUCUCCGACCCGGACAACAUGGACUACGAGGAGCUCGAGGUCGAGGUCCUCAACGACAAGCGCUACGGCAACAGCGGCACCGCGCGUAAGAACCAGUUCCUCGGCCGCGUCAAGCUCUACGGCACUCAGUUCUCCAAGCGCGGCCACGAAGGCUUGGUCUAUUUCCAGCUCGAGAAGAAGAGCGUCUUCAGCUACAUCAGAGGCGAACUCGGCUUGAGGAUUUACUACUACGACGACUUAGUCGACGAGGCUCCGCCGCUGCCCCCGCAGGAAGAGCCUCCGCCCGAGAAGCCGGCGGUUGUGGUGUUUCAGGUCCCUGGAGGACACGUGGAGGCUACUACAACGAUUCACGAAGCAGGCUGUUACUCGCCGCCGGUUGUUAUGGAGCAAAAUCAGCCGCAGGUGGUGCAUAUGCACUCCGAGCCGCCGCCGGGUCAGGAAAUGCACGGCCAUCCGCCGCCGGAUCAGGUUUGUUAUCAGCCGGAGGUGAGGAAAAUGGAGACGCACAGAGUUGCUCCGAUGAGAGAGAGAGUGAGAAUUCCGAGGAGGCCUAACGGCGACUUCUCUCCCAAAGUGAUUCCCGGGAAGUUCACGGCGGAGAGGAUUCAUCCCUGUGAGCUCGUCGAGCCUAUGCAUUACUUGUUCACCAGAAUCGUCAAGGCGCGUGGCCUCGCCCCCAACGAGAGCCCCUACGUCAAGGUCCGUUCCUCCAGCCACCUCAUGAAGUCGAAACCGGCCGUUCACCGUCCCGGAGAGCCGACUGACUCGCCGGAGUGGAACCAGGUCUUCGCGCUCGCUCACAACCGCCCUGACUCAGUGAGUUCCACAUUGCAGAUCUCCGUUCAUGACUCGCCGUCGGAGCAGUUCCUUGGCGGCGUUUGCUUCGACCUCUCCGACGUGCCAGUUCGAGACCCGCCGGACAGUCCCCUCGCUCCGCAGUGGUACAGACUAGAAGGCGGCGCCGGAGAUCCUAAUUCCGGUAGAGUCUCAGGUGAUAUCCAGCUCUCUGUUUGGAUUGGGACACAGGCCGAUGACGCGUUCCCUGAAGCGUGGUGCUCUGGUGCGCCGUACGUGUCACACACGCGCUCCAAGGUGUACCAAUCCCCCAAGCUCUGGUAUCUGAGAAUGACGGUUAUGGAGGUUCAGGACCUCCACAUUGCAUCGAAUUUGCCUCCAUUAACCGCCCCUGAUAUUCGAGUCAGGGCUCAGCUCGGGACUCAGUCGGCUCGGACCCGGCGCGGCUCCAUGAACAACCACUGCGCGUCGUUCCACUGGAACGAGGACCUCAUCUUCGUCGCCGGUGAGCCUCUCGAAGACUCACUGAUUCUCCUAGUGGAAGACCGCACGACCAAGGAUCCAGUACCCCUCGGCCACAUUGUAAUCCCCGUGAACUCCAUCGAGCAGCGAAUCGACGAGCGCUACGUGGCGUCCAAGUGGCUGCCGUUGGAAGGCAGCGGAGGCGAGCAGUACAGCGGGAGAAUCCAUCUCCGGCUGUGCUUGGAGGGAGGCUAUCACGUGCUAGACGAAGCGGCGCACGUGUGCAGUGACUUCCGGCCCACGGCGAAGCAGCUGUGGAAGCCGGCCAUAGGCAUUUUGGAGCUGGGGAUUCUCGGCGCGCGGGGAUUGCUUCCGAUGAAGGCGAAACCCGGUGGAAAGGGGUCCACGGAUGCUUACUGUGUGGCCAAGUAUGGAAAGAAAUGGGUCAGGACCCGAACCGUCACGGACAGCUUCGACCCGCGCUGGAACGAGCAGUACACGUGGCAGGUGUACGACCCCUGCACGGUCCUCACCAUCGGAAUUUUCGACAACUGGCGCAUGUUUGCUGACACGGCUGAGGAAAAGCAUGACUUCCGUAUAGGGAAGAUACGGAUACGUAUCUCUACGCUGGAGAGCAACAAGGUGUACAAGAACUCGUAUCCCUUACUGGUUUUGUCUCGAACUGGAUUGAAGAAAAUGGGGGAGAUUGAACUAGCGGUCAGAUUUUCCUGCCCGUCGUUGCUGCCCGAGACAUGCGCGGUUUACGGGCAGCCGUUACUUCCCAGAAUGCACUACAUCCGCCCUCUCGGGGUGGCGCAGCAGGAGGCUCUGCGCGGGGCGGCCACGCGCAUGGUGGCGGCGUGGCUCGCACGGUCCGAACCGCCCCUGGGGCCGGAAGUGGUGAGGUACAUGUUGGAUGCUGAUUCGCACACGUGGAGCAUGAGGAAGAGUAAAGCGAAUUGGUUUCGGAUAGUGGCGGUGCUGGCGUGGUUGGUUGGGUUAGCUAAGUGGUUAGAUGAUAUAAGGAGGUGGAGGAAUCCGAUGACGACGGUUUUGGUGCAUGUGUUGUAUUUGGUUCUGGUUUGGUACCCGGAUUUGAUAGUCCCAACUGGGUUUUUGUACGUGUUUCUGAUUGGGGUUUGGUACUACCGGUUCAGGCCCAAGGUACCAGCCGGAAUGGACCUUCGGCUGUCGCAGGGCGACUCCGUCGACCCGGAUGAGCUUGAUGAGGAGUUCGACACUUUUCCGAGCUCAAAACCACCUGAAGUGGUUCGGGUCAGGUAUGACCGGUUGAGAAUGCUGGCAGCCCGGGUCCAAACAGUUUUGGGGGAUUUCGCGACCCAAGGAGAACGGGCCCAGGCCCUUGUGAGCUGGAGGGACCCACGUGCUACAAAGCUGUUUAUAGGAGUGUGCUUAUUGAUCGCUGUGGUGAUGUAUGCUGUGCCACCCAAAAUGGUAGCUGUGGCAUUGGGGUUUUACUACCUGCGCCACCCUAUGUUCCGAGACCCAAUGCCGCCGGCGAGCCUCAACUUUUUCCGGAGACUUCCGAGCCUGUCGGACCGGCUAAUGUAGAGAGGAAGAGUGGAACAGGAGAGUUUAUAGCUUUAAGGGAGUGUGACAGUUUCAAUCAAAACACUGUUGGUAUUGAAAAAAUGGGGGUCCUUAACAUUGUAAGGAGUGAAAAAGGGAAGAGGAAAGUGGUGAACUUGUCAUCAUUGGUCUGUAAGUUUUGUUGAAUUGGUGGACUUUGGACUGCAAAAACAAACUUUGGUAUAAGAGAAAGGCGCUGGAGGAAAUUUUGGAUGCCAGUGAGUUAGAAAGGGAGCUUUGUUUCUGUAAUCAUGAUGUUAAGGGAAAAGUAUGAAUCUAUAAACAAUGAAAGUUUCUUUCU